AUGUCGAAUUAUUCCAUAAUUAUAUUUGUACUUUUAAUAAUAUCUUUCCAAACAAUCAAUGUCCAAUCACAAUCUGUUGAUUAUUGUGAUGCAUUGUAUAGUUCUUUAAUGUUUUACAAAGCUCAGAGAGCUGGAAAGUUACCGGAUAGUGAAGUAUACUGGCGCUCAAAUAGUGUCCUGCAAGAUGGUACAUUGGCCGACCCAUCAUGGACCGACAUCGACCUGUCUGGCGGCUUCUUUGACGCUGGAGACUACAUCAAAUUCACCUUCCCAAUGGCCUACUCUAUGAAUGUGUUGGCAUGGUCCUACAUCGAGUACAAGGACAACAUCAACAACAAGUGCCAUCUCCAGACACAGUACCUGUCCGUGCUCAAGUAUGGCACUGAUUGGUUGAUCAACACUUUGGUCUCGGACGACUUGCUGGUCACUCAAAUCGACGUGAUGGACUCGCACAACCUCUGGAACACCCCCAACACCCUCACCUACGAACGCAAGAUAUUCACCGUGUCCUCAACCCAGCCAUGCACUGAUGUUGCCAUGCAGAGUGCGUCUACAUUGGCCGCUGCCGCCAUGGUUUGGAAGGACAUCGACGCAACCUACUCGGCCAAAUGUUUGGCCACCGCCAAGAGAAUGUACAGUCUUGGAUCAAGAUGCCCCAAUGGAAACAUGGUCGUACCCGACUCGGCCCAAGGCUACACUUCAUCAGGUUGGAAGGAUGAAAAGGCCAUGGCAGCUAUAUGGAUGUACCUGGCCACGGGCAAGGACACCUCGCAAUCAUACUUCAACGACAUGCUGGCUGCACUCUCAGACAUCAAGAACUACGGCUUCAACAGCAUCUGGAAUGCAGUGAUCAGCUGGGACUCUAAGUACGCCGGCGCCGCAGUGUUGGCCUACCGCCAGCUCAUGAAUGAUGCCAACUUGGCCCAGGGAUCGGUCACCAAGACCGACCUGACCAACAUGGCCACUCAACUGCUCACGACGUGGACAUCACAAUCAAAGAUCAGUGGCAUUGUAUCAUACUCUUCAGGUUGGAAGUGGGGCAACAACAGGUAUGCGACUGGCGGUGCAUUCUUGGCCUCAUUGAUCAACACCAACGCAUCGACUCAAUUCGCCACACAGCAGAUCAACUGUGUUUUGGGCAAAUGCGCCGAGAACUCAUACUCAUACUUGAUCGGCUUUGGCACCAACUAUCCCAAGAACCCGCAUCAUCGUGCCGCACACAAUCCAACAGUGGUCAACAGUGCCCAAUCAAUUGACACGCCCGCCCAGAACACCUACGUGCUCAAGGGUGCACUCAUGGGCGGCCCAUCGCUCGACCUGACGACAUUCAGCGACACUCGCGCCAACUACAUCCAGAAUGAGCCAGCAUUGGAUUACAACGCAGCGUUCACCGGUGCCUUGGCGGGACUGGUGAACUUUGAACAUACGACCGGUUACAAAUACUCGGACAACUCUCAACCAAGCUCUACCACUACUACUACCUCGACCACUGGAGCCAGCAGCACUACCACUACCAGCGCGCAAUCCACCACCAACACUGCACAGACAUCAGCGGCGGCUGCACAAUCCAGUGAUGACGACAAGCCAAAUCCAAAGAUCUCUGCUGCCACGACCUUGUCCUCAUCAUCAUCAAUAUGGCUGAUAUCAUCAUUUGUAAUACUAUCUCUUUUGUCCAGU